UUGUUGUUGUCGAAGUUCCUGAUGGGAAGAGAAAGAUGGCGGCUCACUGGAGCAGCGAGAAUGUGGUGGUGGAAUUCCGCGAUUCGCAGGCGACGGCCAUGUCUGUGGACUGUCAGGGGCAGCUGGCGGUGCUGUCAGGCCGCCGCUUCCUAUACGUUGUGAAUCUCGAGACCCCUAUGGACGGACAUCGCAAGAUAUCUCGCCAAAGCAAGUGGGACAUCGGGACGGUGCAGUGGAACCCGCAUGAAAGCCACGCGCACUUCUUCGCUGCUUCAAGUAACCAGCGCGUGGAUCUGUACCAGUGGAAGGACGGCGCCGGGGACGUGAGCUCCUCUCUGCAGGGACACACGCGUGUCAUCAGCGAUCUGGACUGGUCGGUGUUUGAGCCAGACGUGCUGGUAACCAGUUCCAUUGACACCUACAUAUACAUUUGGGACAUCAAGGACACCAGGAAGCCCGCAGUGUCCUUGUCUGCAGUGGCGGGGGCGUCACAGGUAAAGUGGAACAAGAAGAACCCUAACUGCCUGGCGACGAGCCACGACGGGGACGUGAGGAUCUGGGACCGAAGGAAACCCAGCACUGCCAUAGAGUACAUUGCCGCUCACCUAUACAAGAUCCACGGUCUAGACUGGCAUCCAGACAAUGAGAACAUCCUGGCCACUUCCAGCCAGGACAAUUCUGUCAAGUUCUGGGAUUCCCGGCAGCCGCGGAAAAAUCUUAGCGUGUUAACCUGCCAGGUGCCUGUGUGGAAAGCACGUUACACGCCUUUUAGCAACGGCCUGGUGACCGUGAUGGUGCCGCAGCUGCGUAGAGAGAACAGCCUCCUGCUUUGGAACGUGUACGACCUGCACUCUCCGGUUCAUAUAUUCGUGGGACACGACGACGUGGUGCUCGAGUUCCAGUGGAGGAAGCAGAAGGAAGGGUUGAAGGAUUACCAGCUGGUGACCUGGUCCCGAGACCAGACUCUGCGCAUGUGGAGGGUGGAUGCACAGCUGCAGCGGCUUUGUGCUAAUGACAUUGUGGACCCAGUUGAUGAGCUGAUGGACGGGUUAUCCUCGGUGCCUGAGCAAGAAAAGCCACUGCAGCCUCCGGAGCAAAUCUCAGGCCCCUCAGAAGAAGAUGUCUUCGGCGAGGAGAAAGUUUCCCGUCCCGUGAUGAGGCCAAACUCUGAGCAGCCGGGGCUCCCUCAAACUCUGCAGCAAGAGUUCUCCUUGAUCAACGUGCAGAUCAGGAACGUGAUUGUUGAGAUGGACGUUAUGAAUGGCAGCUGCACUGUGUCUGUGCACUGCGGGAAUCACAGGGUGUGCAUGCUGGUCAUGUUUCCCGUUCAGUACCCCAACAACGCGGCUCCUUCGUUCCAGUUUGUCACCCCCACAACCAUUUCUUCUGGUAUGAAGGCCAAGCUAUUAAAGAUCCUGAAGGACACGUCUCUGCAGAAGGUGAAACGGAAUCAGAGUUGCCUGGAGCCGUGUCUGCGGCAGCUCGUAUCCUCUCUGGAGAGCUUUGUGAACCAGGAGUCCAGUCCCUCGAGCAACCCAUACACCAUGCAGAGCUCUGUCACCCCUCCGCUGCCCACAUUUGCCCGGGUCACAAAUGCCUAUGGCUCAUACCAGGAUGCCAAUAUCCCCUUUCCUCGAACUUCGGGUGCCCGUUUCUGUGGUGCUGGGUACCUGGUGUAUUUCACACGUCCCAUGACCAUGCACCGAGCUGUAUCCCCCACGGAACCCACUCCACGAUCCCUCUCUGCCCUGUCAGCGUAUCACAGCGGUGUCAUCGCACCCAUGAAAAUGCGCACCGAGACCCCCGGGAACCUCCGUCUCUACAGUGGGAGUCCCACUCGCAGUGAGAAGGAGCAAGUCUCCAUCAGUUCUUUCUACUACAAGGAGAGGAAAUCUCGCAGGUGGAAGUCGAAGCGUGAGAGCAGCGACUCGAGCACCCGGCCUAUCAAAGCCGCGGGGAAAGUGAUCAUCCAGGACAUCUCCUGCCUGCUGACUGUGCACAAGGCGCUGGGAGAGAUGUACAUCCUGAACCGCGGGGACCUCCAGGAGAUGUGUCAGAAGAAUGCAGCGUCCGCCAUGAGCGUGGGCCGCAAAGACCUGGUACAGGUUUGGGCCCUGGCGGCUGCUGCUAAUGACAUUUGUCUGAACCCCAAAUCGGACCCGGAUAUGGAGACCCCGUGGGCACGUCACCCGUUUGGCCGGCAGCUGCUGGAGUCGCUCCUGGCGCAUUACUGCCACUUACAUGACGUUCAGACGUUGGCCAUGCUGUGCAGCGUGUUUGAUGCCCUGUGGCAUCCACAAGGAGGUGGCGUGGCAUCAUGCCCCCAGUUACCUGCUCGCUCGGCACACAGCCGCUAUCCGAGCUUUACGUCCUCCGGUUCUGGUUCCAGUGUGUCUGAUCCGGGUUACAGUAACAGUGGCUGGAGUAUUGGUGGUCAAGACGGGGAACAUGGGGCUCCGUGGGGAGAUGCCUCUCCUGAUGAAUAUCGAUACGGUAACAUAAGCUACGUGGAUCCCCGGGAACGAGAGCGAGACCAGCAUGAAAAGAACAAGCGUCUUCUGGACCCAGCAAACACGCAGCAGUUCGACGACUUUAAGAAAUGCUACGGAGAGAUCCUGUAUCGCUGGGGGCUGCAGGAGAAACGAGCAGAAGUUCUUAAGUUUGUCUCCUGCCCACCUGAGCCUCAUCGAGGUAUAGAGUUUGGGGUAUAUUGCAGCCACUGCCGCAGCGAGGUGAGAGGGACGCAGUGCGCCAUCUGUAAAGGCUUCACCUUCCAGUGUUCCAUUUGUCACGUAGCUGUCCGCGGCUCCUCCAAUUUCUGCCUGAGCUGUGGCCAUGGUGGGCACACAACCCACAUGCUGGAGUGGUUCAGUACCCAAGAGGUUUGUCCCACUGGAUGUGGCUGCCACUGCCUGCUGGAGAGCACCUUCUGAGGGCCAGGAGCGUCCAUCUCCACUGGACAAGCCAAGUGAUGGAGAAGUGUUGGAGAACGUCACGUGCCAUCCAGAUCUUUUUAUUCCCGGGAGUGGGGACUGGCUGCAGAGCACCAUGUUAUUUGCAGCUAUGUGAUGAAGGACUAGUAAAAGAGGAUGGUGACCA